UGUAGGGCGACAUCGUCGCGGCCUAGUGUCUGUGUCGGUUCGUUUUAUGAAAAAAAUGUUGGAAUUUUACACGAACAUAAACUCUGGAUUGAUGCAGGAAGGGAUGCAGCCGCCUCUGGCCUGCGCGGGCAGAACAGAACUGAGCGCCAGCAUCAAGCGUGAGAAGAUCGUUGAGAUAUGCGAAGGCUGUGGGCAGAAGAUCCAGGACCGCUACCUCAUGAGGGUUGGAGAGUUGUCAUGGCACGAGCAUUGCCUCAGCUGCUGUGUCUGUGGCUGUCCCCUCGCUCACACAUGCUACACCAGAAACGCGAAACUUUACUGCAAACCCGAUUAUGAUAGAUUAUUCGGAGUGAAGUGUACAAGAUGCGGCGACCGUCUUCUGCCACAAGAGAUGGUCAUGAGAGCCCAGCAGUAUGUGUUCCACAUACAAUGCUUCGUUUGUGUGAUGUGCUGUCAACCGUUACAAAAAGGCGAGCAGUACGUCAUCAGGGCUGGUCAGAUCUUCUGCCGGCAGGACUUCGAGAAAGAAAUGUAUUUGAUGCAGCACGCGGAAGAUGACAUGAUAAUCGAUGAUUCCGAAAGACCGCGGGACGGCCGAAGGGGUCCGAAACGACCACGGACUAUACUAACAUCCGCACAAAGAAGACAAUUCAAAGCUUCAUUUGAAGUGAGUCCGAAGCCUUGCCGUAAAGUACGAGAGGCACUAGCCAAAGACACUGGCUUGAGCGUAAGAGUUGUGCAAGUCUGGUUUCAAAAUCAGAGAGCUAAGAUGAAAAAGAUCCAAAGGAAAGCCAAGCAAGAAGGAGACAAGAACAAUGAGAAGGAAAAAGAUAAAGACGAGAAAAGUAUAAAACAAGAGUCGCCGUCAAGCGAACACGGCAAUUACUUGGGACUCGAUGGAUCGUAUUCUGCGUCGAGUCAGCCCCUUAAUCCUAAUCUACCAUACUCUCCAGAUGACUAUCCAGCGCAUUCUGGCGACAGCUUCUGUAGCUCAGACAUAUCUCUUGACGGGAGCAACUUCGACCAACUCGACGAGGGUGCAUCAGACACGAUGAGUCUUCAGAACCUUGAAGUGCAGCAUCAUUCUCAUCCGCACACCACUCAUCCUGCUCACGAGCCUCUAAACUUAGGCACAGGGGCCGUUGUGAACCCAAUAGACAAACUUUAUCUCAUGCAGAACUCGUACUUUAGUACCGACCAUUGAUUCUCUGGACGCGGCGCUGGCAGGAAGUCUAAGGUUGGUCAGCGGCUGCGCCAAACGGCUAUAGACCUAUGCAUGAAGUCUACAGCAACCGUAACUAGUCAUACACCCACUUACACAAAUGCUAAUUCACUAUUGUCCUCGAGUUUGCAUUUUAAAUAUUAUGACGUAAAUUACUGACCCAACUGGACGUCAGUAAACGGACUCUUUAGCGUGAUCAGUGAUAGAUCAGACUUUAUUAUUAAGUAGGAAUAUGCUAAUUAUGAUGUGCCAUUUAAUUAAAUAAAAUAAAUUUUGGAUUUAUAAGUAUCGUUCAAAAAAUGAGAGGAUUCUCAAUUUGCCAAUAACCUUUUAUUUAAUUUAAGCGAUAUUUUUACAAAAUCAAAUUAAUUUUGAUUAAAUUCUUUAACUCUGUCACGUUUCGAGCCACUGGUUUUUUAUACAGCAUAAUCUUUCUAAUUUCUCUAAUAGGUUUUUUGUUCACUUUAGUAUUUUGUAACUUUUAAAUUGGCGCCAAUGUAAAUUACAGUUUAAUUUGUGAUUUAGCAUGCCUGAUUGUAAAUAUAAAUUCAAUGCGAUUACUUCAUGUACAUUCUUAACUUUCACUUCCACAUUUUAGUGGGUACGCAAAAAAAAAUAGAAAAAUAUAUAGAUAUGUGUAAAAUUUGCUAGCAAUGACAUAACAGAGCGAAAACUGUCAUUUGAACUUCUGUAAUCCUACAGAGGACCUAGAAAAUUUAUCGAAUAUUAAACAGGUAUUGUAAACUAAUGUAGGUACAAGUACUUAGAUACUAUACACAUUGGUGAUAUUGAUUUAUUUUACUGAGACGGCGCAGAAAUUUUGUUUCUUAGAGUUUCGGUAACGAUCUGUCACUGUGAAUUACUAAGUUAUAUAUUCAAUAAAAAAAAUAUGUACAUGCAUACACAUACAAAAUAUAGAUACAAAAAUAUUAGUUAACUAAGUAAUAUUAUCCAAUUCGGCGAGAAUGAAUUAUUGUAGUUAAUAAGUAUGUAAAUAUUGUACAGAGAGUUAUAAUUUUAUUUUAGUGCCAAAAAUCAUAACCUAAGACUGCGAAGCAAGUGAUGAGCGUUAGCGGAUUUGAUAAAUUUAUAAAAUAAACAUACAAUUCUAAACAUAUUGAGCAGCGCCAUCUAGUACCAAAAAAGUAUAGAGUGUUUUGUACCUAACAUGUAAAUUACACCCAGAUAUAUUUAUAAAUUCAAAUAUUUGUACGUAUUGUGCUAAUUAAAAUUAAAACUAUCAAAAGAUGGGGCAAUUUGUUAUGUCGCCAUACCACUGUCGUCGUAAAGUAGGCUUUAUAAUUUUAUUUUACAUUAAUUUUCUGCGAGAAUGAAGCAAGCUAAAAUUAAGUAUACAGCUAUUUCGAGUCCGCUCACGCCACCGUUUCCUUCGUAGGCCUAAUAACCUAUCGUCUGGAGCAAUGAUUCAAAUUAAUUAAUGAUUGAUUUAGUUUUUCUUCUUUUUUUUAUUAAGAAAAAUUGAUGUUUUUGUCCUAUAUGAUUAUAAAUAAACACUUGCUACUUAUGAAAUUUUGUAAAAAUACCCAUCUAAGUGUGAUAGUUACCUAACCUUAGAAUAUUUCUAAGAUUAAUGGGAAAUUGUAACAACUGUACCUAUUUAUAGUUCAGAUAUGACCCAGAUACCUAUGUAACUUUUACAAUUUUAAGUCAAGGUCAUUAUUUAAUCAUUUUAGAGUCACGAUCUGUAAAUGAUUAAAAAGAACGCUUUUUUUACAUUCCAAACAUCGCCAUGCUACCCGAGGAACAUUGUUUCUAAAUAGGUAAUGGUAACUAGAGCACAUAGGCACAGAAUUAAAUCUAUUUCACAAAAUCUUAGUUAUACAUUUUCAGUUGCAUAUUAUUCAAUCAAACUGGUAUAACUUAUUGUUAUUUUUUUUAUAAUAUUUAUGUUUUAUUUGCAAAUAUAGGUAAAUCUAUAAGCAAUAACCUUUUGCGUUGUGAAUUUUAUAAUAAAUAGAUAAUAGAACACGAAAAUUUCUAGUCAGAUGGCUUGUGAGUACUUUCUUUCCCCUAACUAUACUGAUAUCACAGUCUAAAGAACUUUUUUCUACCAGUUGUCCAAUGGGGAGUUAUAUGCCCCCUACUGUCAUUUGUUGGUUCGAGACAUACUAUGAUGUUGGACCACUGGUUGUUCCUUACACUGUGUUUCGUUUAGACGUGUAUAAGGUAGUACAUUGUAUACUUAGACACGUAAUAUUAUAAAAUUGAUGUAUAUGUAAAUUAAAAGAAU